AUGGAGUUACCCAACAAGAAAAAGAAAAUUCUUCUGCUGGGAUGUAUCUUUGUGUCAAUCAUAGUGUUUUCUAUACUGUACCGACUGCAGGUUCACAUACAGUUUUUAAGCUUUUCUGCUAAUCUGCCUAUAUCUAUAAUCUGUCCUGAGAAAGACAACAAGCCUGCCAAGUCAAACCAUGAUCAGCAAGAUUCAGACACUAAUGAUAUUGUAACCAAGUGCAAAACUAGUGGAAUAUGGACAGUUAAACCUGAUGGUAGAUUAGGUAAUCAUAUGGGGGAAUAUGCUACCUUGUAUGCCCUGGCCAGAGCGAACAAACGCCAAGCCUUCAUCCUUACGGAUAUGCAUAACUAUUUAGCUCCUAUAUUUAAGAUCACCCUGCCAGUUUUGCAUAAUAACGUUGCUUUUCGUGUUCCAUUUGAAGAAUACUGGGUACAUGACUGGAUGUCUGAAGAAUAUAAUCAUAUUGAAGGUAGUUUUAUAAAACUUACAGGCUACCCUUGCUCGUGGACCUUUUUUCACCAGCUUCGGGAUGAAAUCCGAAGGGAAUUUGAAAUCCAUGACUACCUUAAAAAUGAAGCAAAUCAAGUCUUGGAGACGAUAAAGGGUUCCAGAAAGAAUGCCACCUACAUUGGAAUCCACAUCCGAAGAGGUGACUAUGUGAGUGUCAUGCCAAAUGUUUGGAAGGGUGUCAUUGCAGACAGAGGUUAUUUGGAGAAAGCCAUGAAUUAUUUCCGUAACAAAUAUGAAGAACCUGUGUUUGUGGUGGCCAGCAAUGGGAUGGAUUGGUGUAAAGAAAACAUUGACAAUUCCAAAGGAGAUGUCUACUUCUCAGGCGAUGGUAAUGAAUCAACUCCUGGCAAAGAUUUUGCUCUUCUGGUUGGUUGUAACCAUACAAUCAUGACAAUUGGAACAUUUGGUUUUUGGGCAAGUUAUCUAGUAGGAGGAGAAACAAUAUACCUCACAAACUUUACAUUACCGGAGUCAGAAUUCUUAAAACUUUUCCAUUAUGAUGCAGCAUUCCUCCCUGAAUGGAUAGGGAUACCUGCAGAUCUAUCACCUCUUCAACAUUGAUAUAAAUGCUU